AUGGAACACAACAACUCCAACUGCCAAUUUUCAGGUAACAUCACUAUAAAGAGUAUCAUUGUAUAAAUUGUUUCUGAAUGGUGUUCACUGAUGGAUACACAAUGAGUCUUUAAUCAGAUCAGCGUGAACUACUGAGGAGUAUUUUUUCCUCACGGUUUUCUUCUGGCUUCAGAUUUCUGUGAGCAGUAAAAACUCAUACCACUCCCUCCAGUGUUAUGUGAUUAACGAAAUUAUCUCCUACCAGAUAGAACACAAUACUACCGUCACAUUGUUCUUAUACUUUUACAACUAGGGGUGAAAUAUUUGCACCUUCUGAAAUGCCAUAAUUCAAAUUUCUUAUUGUGUAUGUGUGUACUAAAUUUGAGAUUUAUGGAGGUUUCAUGAGUUUGUUCCAUGUACAAAGAGUCUUUGUCAGGUUUGAGAAAGGAAGAGCAUCACUCUUUGAUGUUCUUUCAAUGAUGUGUUGCUAACAUGAAGUAUUUUAGAGUUGCAAACACUAACAUGUUAAAGCGGCUGGUGCUGGUUAACGGUUUUCCGGGAUCCCAAAUUGGGCAAUGUUCUUUUACGCACUAUUUUUUACAAAAAUUCAAUACAACACAGGGUGUAACAGAUUGCUUUUUAACACAUUUUUUUUGAGCAAAUUCUCCAUGAAUUAUUUCAAAUCUGUCAAAAAUUCAAAGCUUUCACACCUUCCAACAUGCAUUUUACUCUGAAUCAUUUUAUGAGAUUUCCCUUAACCCUUUACACCCUAACAUCAGUAUGCAAGUUCUCCAUGUACUGUUCUCUAUACAUUUUCUGUGGUACUUGCAGGGAGAAUUUGUCUAACAAUCAAGAGAAUCUUGAGCUUGUGAUCAUUUCCUUUAUUCCCAUGACCACAAUUUUUGAUUCAAGAAUAUGCACCAUUAAAACAAAUGUGGCCAGGUGGAUAACAAAUUUAAAAAAGUAAUUUUUUUUCUUUACAGGUGUGUGUCACAACUGUAAGCAGCAAAUAAAUGGCUGUGAAUCAGCUUGUGUUGCCAUGGAACAUCUAUACCAUGUUCAUUGUUUCCUUUGUUGCUUUUGUGGUAAGAUGAUUCUUCAAUUGCCUUAUUAUUACCAUGGAGGAAUUUUGUGGUUCAGAAAUUUUCAAUUUUAGCUAUGAUUUGCAUUCAGAUUUGACAUAAAGCAAACACAGCCCUUCCCAAGAAUGUAUUGGAAAAUGCAUUUUCAAAUUCACCACACCUCAAAACAAAAUUCCUUCCCCCAUUUAAUGAGGUAGAGUUGAAGCAGGGGUAUAAGGUUCAAAACUGGUGGUAAGUUAAAAAAAAUUAAUCAAUUUAGAAUACUAGAGAAGGGUUUUCUCGUUGUAUUGUUUGACAUCAAAGCCUGUCAGAAGCAGGUUCAUUCUCCAUCUGAUUGACAUCCACCUCUGGAACCAUCUGUGUUUUUCUUCCCUACUGAAUCAGGCAUUAUUAACAGUUGCUUUGGUUUUGAACUAAUCUUUCACACUUCCUUCUCUCAGGAAACCAGUUGAUUGGUCAAAUAUUUUAUAAUGUUAAUGGAAAGAUUUACUGUGAACAGGAUUAUAAGGUUUGUAACAUUAAUUCAUGUCUCCCUGCCUGAAUUAACCCAUUACACCCUAACAUCAGUAUAAAUUUUCUCUCCACUGUUCUCGGUACAUUUCCUAUGGUUUUGACAAAAAGAAUUUGUUUUAACAAUCAAGAGCUUCUUAAGUUGGUGAUUACUCCUUCAUUCUCAUGACCUUAAAGUUUGUUUCAGAGGAGAUACUGAUAAGAGAAAAUAGUUACUAUUUUAGGGGUUAAAGGGUUAACUGCAAUUGGGCUAUUAUAACAAACUGGACUUUUUCAAAAAUAAGGCUAUUAACCCUUUAACCCUAAGAGUGACUAGCAUUUAAUUUCUUCUUACAAUAUCACCACUGAAUCACACAUUAAUGUCAUGAGAAUAAUGGAAAUGAUCACCAACUAAAGAAACUCCUGAUUGUUAGACAAAUUCUCCUUGUCAGCACCUUGUAAAUGUACAGAGAACAGUAUGGAGAAUAUGAAUGCUGAUGUUAGGGUGUAAAUGGUUAACAAUCAAAUUGAUAAGUAAAUAGAAAGACUCAUUAACCUUUUACACUCUAACAAGGGUAUCCACUUUCUCUGUUCUGUUCUUUAUACAUUCCCUAUGGUGCUGACCUAGAGAAUUUGUUCACCUAUCAAGAGCUUGUCAUUAAAUCAUUUCUUUUAUUCUCCUGACCUUAAUGUUUGACCCAGCAGUGAUACUGUAAGAAGAAUUUUUUCAAUUACCUAUACAUUCCAAAUUUCAUGAGAAAUCAUUCAAAUUACUUUCCUCGAUGUCAGUUUUCUGCACUAUUUGGGAUUAACUGACAUGCUCUUGGGCAAACUGAAAUCUUCACUUGUUAUCAUAAAGAAAAUUUUUUUAAAAGCACUCAGAAAUACUUAGAAGACAGAUGUCACCAGUCAUUUUUUUAUUUUUCAGAAUCUUGGUUUUUCUCCUAACUACUGUGAUAUUUGUGGAAAAAUAAUUGAGCUAAAGGUAAGUUACCACUUUAUUUGUUGGGAUAGUGAUUUAUCUACCCUUUAUAAAACUAGGCCCUGGAGACUGGUCAUAAGCUUAUGGCAGCUAUUGUGUUACUGACAAGUUGCCAUUUUACAUUCCAGAUAGUCUUGUCACAGUACUCAAUAAAUCAUAAGGCUCAAUUUAUUUUUUGGUGUUGACUGUGGUUUUCAAUUGCCAUUUAUUUUUUUAGCAAAAUGGGACAAAGGCUCAAAAUGUUUGGCAACGAUAAAAUUGUAAUUUGACAAAAAAAUUGAAAGCUUUCAAAAUAAUGGACAAAAACUAAUAAUUAGGGAAAGAUGUUUUUCAUCUUGUCACAAGAAUGAGACAAAGAAGAAUUCUGAGGAAUUCAUGGGGUCUCAGGAUUUUUUCCCUAUCCUAGGCUUGUGAAGUCUAAGUCGAGUUUUGAUACAACUUCAAAUUUUAAUAGUGUUUAAAAUAUAUACCAGAAAAUUUGGAAGGGAAAUCUAACACUCUAUCAGAGGUCAGUCAAGUCCUCUCCACAGACAUCAUUUCAAGUUUUUAACUGUUUUUAUACUUGCAACCAUGUAGAUCAUCCAAGCACUGGGCAGGUCAUAUCACCCAUCAUGCUUUAGAUGUUCUGUCUGUCAAACAGAAUUAGAUGGAAUUCCCUUUACAGGGGAUCAAGAAAAUAGAAUAUAUUGCAUUCCUGAUUAUCACAGGUAACAACAGAGAUUUCUUGUAAAGAUAAAUACCUCAAAGUUUCCAAUAACUUGAUGUCUUUAAAGAAAGUUGUUGAAAAUUUUUCUUAAACAUGAGAGAAAUCCCUGUGAGGACUCAACAUUAGUUAUUACAAAUUAAAAGUAUAAAGGUUUUUGUUUUAAUGAGUUGUUUGACCACAGAUGUUCAAAUUUUCUUUCUUUCUCUUUUGACAGAAAAUUCUUACCAACCUGUGCAGUUUGCAAAAAACUAAUUGCACCAACAAAGGUUAGUUACCAGGAUGUAUCAGCAUAGGGUAUUCAAAUAAAUUUACUGUUUAAAUGAAGUUGUGUCCAUAACUGUAGAUCAUUACUAGACUAUUUUUCUUGUUGCAGGGAUCAAAGGAGAUCCUGAGAGUGGUUUCAAUGGAGAAAGAUUUUCACAUUGAUUGCUUUAGAUGUGAGGUAAUUCAGUAAGGAAGGAAUUUAACGGUGUUGUGAAAGUUUUUGAGAUUUCUGAUUCAUUUAUAAAAUAUAAAGAGUUGCAAUUAGAUUUAUCUUGUGGUCAUCUACCCUAGGAAAAAUUGAAUGAAAAAAAAAAAAAAAAGAUCCACUUUUGAAAGACCGUUACCUCAACCUCACUAAUCCUAAGCAAAGCUACUUUUAUGCACAAGUUUUAUAAUAAUUUGCAUUUAGAAGCACAACCCAUAAACUCUCAAGAUCUGAUUGUUAAUUCUCCCCUCUAGCAGCUACACAUUUCCAUUUAAAUUAGUUAGGUGACAGUGGUGUUAGAUCAAGAUGACAACUUCUACCUUAUAACUUUGAGUAUUCUCAUUACUUGUUUGUUGGAUAUUGUAUGGAUCUCAUAGGGAGAAUUUGCAUGUUAAUCACUUCUGGGGGUUAAAGAAUUAUGACGAUUCUAUAAUUAUCAUGUUGUUAGUAUGGCUUUUAAGUAAUAGCUUUAAUUUAGUUUUUUUGUGAAGGGCUGAUGUGCAAAAAACAAUCAGUGGUAUAACAAAUUUAAUUAUAUUACCAGUGUAUUAAUUUAUAUCUUUUCAGGAUUGUGGGAUUCAGCUUUCAAAUAAGAGACCAUGCUAUCCACAAGAUGACCACAUCCUCUGUCGAAAGUGCAAUGGUAAAAGAACGCCAAUUUCAAGAUCACUGCAGGUCACCCCAGUUAAUUCACCUUGUGACUCACCAAAUGUAACACCUCGAUGUCUACCACGUGGCAGACCACGUAUUUUACGCAGCAAGCGAGAAUAAUAUUGUAGUUAGAUUAUCCAAUUAUGGCAUAUUUAUCCGGCAUUUAUUAUUAUGGUGUCACUUACACUGUAUCACGAUAAAGAUCAGGCAUUUACUAUUUGGAAAGUGGCUAAUGUUAUCAUGAUAUAUUUGAAAGGAAUAGGGUUUCUUUAUUAAGGAGUUAAAAAAGGACUAUCUAUUAAUAUCACUUACUAUUAUUGAAUAUAUAAAUAUAAGUUUUUGAAAAAAUAAAUAAACACAUGCCUGGAGUAACAAUGGGCUUUCAGUUCUGACUGAUUGUUGUGUUAGAUAAGGGUUGUUUGGUAAGAAAUCUGCCUGGAUGUUCCUAAUUUUCUUUGUAAAAAUUUUGUUUAUAAAGUGAAUGAUUAGUCUAUUAUGAUAAUUAGACCUUGGGUUUUUAUAAUCAAUAGUAAUUUUUUUGUAAUUGAGAUUAACUAUUGAUUAUUAAAAAAUUUUUGUUUGUAGAGACUCAGUACACUUUGGCUUUCCCCUUUUUCUCUUAACCCCUUUAACCCAAAUAUCUCAUUAGUAAUUCUCCCUACUGUCUGCCAAACAAUUCUUCUGAUGUUAGUUCAGAGAAUUUGGUAUCAGAUCAACGACCAGUAAUAAUCCCUUCACUGAUAUAUUUCUUUAUUCUCCUCACUUGUCUGCUUGAUAUUGUAUUGAUAUUGUAAGGAGAAAUUCUUUUGUGGUCAUUCAUGGGAGUUAAAGGGUUAAGACAAUCUCUGUCAUAUGCUAGGCUGAAUUGAUUACUGAAUGUGUUUGCUGCAAUAACAAAUUCUCAGUACUUGCUUACAAACAAAUGUAAGCAAGGAGAAUAUAUCUCCAGAUCUUGAGAUUGAAGGGUUGGUGUCAAGAACUGAAUAAGAAGGAAUCAAGAAAAUGCUUGACAAGUUAUUUUAAUAAGAGCCAACAAGC